UCGGCUAUCCCGCAACCGAAGUCUCCAAAACACACACGCUGGGCGCUCCUCGUUACGCAGGUCGUAACGAAGUUGGAAUGAGCGUGUUUUUACAGCGAUAACCAACACCAUGGGGAACCAAGCCAAAAUGAUCCGGUCGGAGCUUUUUCAGAAGCACAGGAAGGUAGAAGUUGCCCUCUGUCCCGCUGUUCUUGUCUGGAAGGAAAUCGAGAAAAGCAGAAAGCCGAGCACUGGCACCUCUGAAUCAGGACACGGCCAUGCUGUUAAAGUGUGUGAAAUUGUAGCAGUCCACAAGACAGAAGAUGAAGCUGAUGCACAGACCAAGAAGAUAAAGCAGCAUUCUCAGCAGUAUCCCUAUGCAUUCACAGUUUGUUACGUGAGGAGAACCCAACAGCACCUGUGGCAUUGCAGCGAUGUCACCUUUCACUGCGCUGACCAGCAGAUCUGUGAGAAGUGGAUCCAAGUUAUAAAUGAGCAGCUAUCAUUACUCACCCACCGACCAAAGAACCUGUUGGUGUACAUCAAUCCCUAUGGAGGGAAGAGGCGUGGAAAACACAUUUACGAGCAGAAGGUAGCUCCAGUGUUUCGGCGGGCCGGCAUCUUUACAGACGUGAUUGUUACAGAGCACGCUAAUCAUGCCAGAGACCACUUGAAAACAGAGGCCAAUCUAGACGAUUAUGAUGGGGUGGUGUGUGUAGGUGGAGAUGGGAUGUUUAGUGAGAUCCUGCAUGGGCUGGUUACCAGAAUCCAGACUGAUCACGACGUGGACCAGAACCUACCAGAUGCUGAGUUGGUGCCUUGCUCUUUACGUAUAGGGAUUAUUCCUGCAGGGUCUACUGAUUGUAUCUGCUUUGCCACAGUGGGAACAAACGAUCCACUUACAUCUGCCUUACACAUCAUCGUUGGCGAUUCUCAGCCAAUGGAUGUAUGUUCGGUUCACCAUGACAAUGUCCUCCUCAAAUACUCUGUCUCUCUGCUUGGGUAUGGUUUCUAUGGCGACAUUCUAACAGACAGUGAGAGGAAUAGGUGGCUUGGCCCUGCAAGAUAUGACCUGUCAGGCUUCAAAACCUUUCUGUCUCACAAUGACUAUGAGGGCACAGUUUCUUUCCUACCAGCAGAGGACAAUGUGGGGCACCCAAGAGACAAGCUGCGGUGUCGAUCUGGGUGCCGCAUCUGUCAGCACAAGAACUCAUCAAAAGACAAGCACAAUGAGGUGUCGGAGGAGAAAGAGAAGCAAGCUGAAGAUGGCGGCAGAAACUGGAGUGUGAUCCAUGGUAGGUUUAUUGCCAUCAACGCGGCCAGCAUGAGCUGCGCGUGUCCUCGGAGUCCAAAAGGUCUGUCGCCCUCCGCCCACCUUGCGGAUGGCACGACAGACCUGAUCCUGGUCAGGAAGUGUUCCCGUCUGGACUUUUUCAAACAUCUUCUGCGACACAUCAACCAAGAAGACCAGUUUGAUCACUGGUUUGUGGAAGUCCACAGAGUGAGAAAGUUUCAUUUCCAGCCCUGGAACCAUGACCUUAUUCCUCUAGAAGAUCCAAGCAAACAUCCAGAGAAUCCAGACCUUGACCCCACUUCUUCAUUCCAAGAAACUAAUGACUACAGCACUGCCCAGAGCAGCUGGACCUGCGAUGGGGAAAUCCUGCAUCAUGCUGCCAUUCAAGUCAGUGUCCAAUGCCAGCUGAUUAGGCUUUUUGCUCGGGGAAUUGAGGAGCAGCAAGACGCAGAGGUGGCUGUUUGAAGACAUUUGUCCAGCGUAUGUCAUGAAGAAAAAGGCUGUGAAAAAAAAAUACUUCACAUUGUUGAAGAUUUCCUGGAAAAGCACAUGCAAUAUCUAUGUUUCAUUCACGGAAGCUGCCUUUUAAUGAUAAUUGUGUUUGCUUAAAUGCGUCUCAACAUAUUUGGGUAGAAAAUGACUAAAACAUUUUGAAUUUAAACAAAUGUUGUAUCACAUUAUUACUAUAUUACACAUUAUUAUUAUAUUCAUUACUUUUUGGAUGAAUGUUGGAUAAAAUGUGAUUUUCCACACCCUGUUAGUGCUGUUUUCACUAAAAACAAAGAUGUUAAAGCUCAGAGCAUCCCAGACAUACUGAGACUUCUUGCAGCAGGAUGAAACCAAGCUGGACUCAAGCUGCAAUAAAGGAGAACAUAAAAAGGAUAUCACCUUGCACCACAUGAAGACACAAUAAGGGUGGAACAGUUCUGUGAAAAGAAUGAAGAAAGAUGUUUGUGAAGUGAUCAACCAUAAAAAAGUCAAACACA